AUGUCUUCUAGCCAAUUAGAAAAUAUUGAUAUUCAAAAUGUGGAAGUGUCGUUGAAUAGAUUCGUACAGGUGUUGACAUCGUUAGAGAAAGAGAAAUUAAAAGUAAAGGAAAAAGAGGACCUGUUACUAAAGUCUCAUGAGCUCUAUUUUAAAAAUAAGCAAUAUAUAUUGUGCAAUAUAAGCACUCAGUACGAUAUUUCAACAAUUAGUAGGAUACUCUAUUUUCUGACUGUGAAGGAAUGUGAAAACAUACGAGGAGGGAAAAAAGUUUCUAAGUUUUCAAUGAGCGAUCUAUUCAUAACGUUUCUCAGGGAUAUCUCUGAUAAAUUCAACUUGAUUGAAGAACAUGAUAUUAUUAACACGAAUAACGAAAGCUUCUUGCUCGAUGCAAUGCUACGACUUGCGGCUAACUCAAAUUUCUCUAAGCUUAUUGGUUGCAUGGAUAUGUGGGGAAGUGUAUUCGCUCGUAUUCCUAAGUUAGCAGCGAAUCAAACAGUAUUAUCGAAAUAUCUAAAAAUUGGUGAAUGGAUGAUUCAAAGCUUAGAUGAGACACCUUCAGCAAUAAACUGGGAAAACCAAAUAAGUUCAGCAUUGGAAUCUCUUUUCAAAAAUGACGUUUACCGGACAAUAGGAGACAGCAGAGCUUCUUCUAGCACGUUGAUUGACUUUCUAUGUACCGUUAUAAAGAAAUAUGGUACGAAAAUGCGAGAUGUUUUGAAUGAUAUGCUGCUUCCAAUUUUCAACGAAUAUGCGUGCUCCAGAAAACUUACUAUCGAUGAUGCCGAUUCUGCUGGAAUCAAGAGCUUGUGGCAUUUCUCUUUCCUAUAUCUUAGCUUAGUUUUCCCAGAUAUGAGAGCUUCUAUAUUAAGUAAAGAAGUUGUUCUAUCCUCUUGCCGGGAAAUUUUUAUCUCUAGUAUGAGAAUGCUUUCUCGAUUUUGCACCAACAGGCCCAAUUUUGUCCUUUCUCCAGUGCAGAUUGAAACGCUAGCAAAGCUAGUCGUUCUAACUGAAUUCGAUUCUCAAGAGCACAAUAACUUUGAAUUAUCUAUGUGUGAAUCUCAAACAAGUUUUGUAGCGAAACGAUCUAAAUAUAGUUCCCCACUUGAGAUGCUUAUGAAUCUUGAAUCCGAUAAGGAGGAUGGGCAACGUGGUCCAAAAAUAUCUUCAGAUUAUCAGCAUAAUUGUCUUCUUAUACUACACGAAAUUGUAAUCAAGUAUAAGUUCUGUUUGAGUGAUCCCACAUACAAAAGAAUAGCUCUGGUAAUAUGGAAUACAAGGAAGAGAAUAAGCGAUAAUUCACGUUCGAUGUAUUGCUCAGUUUUGAAAGAGCUCGUGAUUCGUGAAGGAUUUGGUAAUUAUCAGUUUGUGAAAUCAGAAUCUCUGCAGAACACUAAUCCUCUUGAGGAUCCUCGCGUCCGAAUAAAAAAUCUGUGGGGAUAUGCUUUAUCAUGCACCAAUCUAGACGGUGCUCUAGAUCAAGCGAUAUUAUUAAUGUCGAAGUUGUCAGAGAAAUAUUCUUCGAUAAUUGGAGAAACUUCUGUCAUAUCAGCGAAUGUGCAUAAUACUCUGAACAAAUCAGUAUCACAAAAAAGUUUGGAACUGCUCAAGUCUUUCUUGAUGAGUAUCGAUUUUGAUGAACUGAGUUGCUUUUCUGGAGCAAUUGAUCCAAGUGCUGGUAUAGUUAAAUGGAAGUUACGCUGUCAAUAUAUUGAAUGGUUAAUAAAGAUACAUCAUACCGAUAUAUCCGAAAUGCUUGUUCUGCUUUGCUCACUGUACCCUAGUGACGUACAACCCCUGAAAUCGUUCUUUCCUAAAAAUAAUAAAAAGCCCUCAAUCGAGAAAGAUUUCCUCUCAGAUUUAGCCAUCCUAACAGAAAUCCAACAACCGUCGUUUCCUCGAAUAGAACAUAAGCCUAAUCCUAUUCUUUAUGAUGUUUUAGAAUACUGUAUCGAUAUUCUUCAGGAUAGUUGGUACAACUGUGAACAGCAGAACCGUUCAGCUCUCUGGAACACCAUACUGCAUUUGAUGACCGAAAUCAAAAUGCGAGACAAUAGUUUAUUUCCUAUGUUCGGGGGCUUGCUUGAGAGUGUUAAUGAAUAUCUCGUGGAUAUAUCAAUAAAUGGUUCUAUAGAAGAACUGAAGAAGUUGAUGCCAAUGCAAGGAGCGAUUUACUUAUCCACCGAAGCCUUGAGAGAAGUGGCCAAAGUAGCUGUCAAUGUUCCACAUUUCUUCGCAGCUUUUCAUCUCAGUGUCACUAACGUACCUGCCACAUACCUGGUUCCAAUUUUGGAGCAUCUGGUCCUGUCCGACUACAUGGAUCGAACUUCACACUUUUUUUCAAGCUUGAUGCAUAGGCUCGAAAAAUUCGCUGGAGAAGUGGAUUUUCUGCCUGAUAUACUUUUUAUUGUGGCCAAGUUUGGAUAUUUACUCACACGCGAGGUCAACCUGGUGUUGCUCAAUCGUGCUCUGGAAAUUCAUCUGGAAGACAAAACUACCGCAACGGACGAUGUUAAGUUAGAAUACGAUCGUCUCUGUUUAGUAGAAAUUGGAAUAUUGUUUAAGUGGCCAAAAAUUGUUGAAGUUCUGGAUGCUGAAGAUUUCCAAAAAAAAUCAUUAUUUGAAACUAUUAUCCUGAAUAUUGAUAUGUGCGAGCUUCCAUCUGCAUUUCUGAGAGCACUUCUCGAUAUCAGUAGCAAGUCGAUACUUAUACUGAGGCAUUUAGUAAUGCACAUUUUGAAAAACGGUUCUUUGUGGAUGGAGCACAUACAUGUAUUGACAUUUAUUCUGAAAAGUUCUCAGUUGACUCAAGUUAUGAUGGAUCAUAUAUCAGAGUUUGAAGAUGUUUUUAAUUUUCAUGCCUUUUCAAUAGCUAGGAACAGUUUUGAAUUACCGAAGGAAAACUUCUUUCAUUCACGAUACUUGUCGUUUUCCUCCAAUUCCGCUGUGAAAAAGAAGAACUGUAUGGACAUUAGUUGUUUUCCUCAGUGCUUGUUGCUGAAUCAUGAAAGCUGGCCGGAUGUCGUUUCUUUGUUUUGGAGUCAGGUGAAUAAGCACGCGCAUAAAUUGUUAGUGAGCUUACGUAGUCAGGCCUCCACGCAUUUGAAGCUCAAAAUGGAAAAUAGAUUCAUCUGUUUGCUGGAAGCUCUGACAGCUGACUUUCAGGGACUCGGUUUGACAAAAGCGGUCAAGAAACCAUUUCAAAUAAUAAUAAGAACUUUAUUAGUUUCUUGUGUUAGAAGUCUGAUCGAAAGAGAUUGCUCAGUCCAGCAUUUUAAGAAAUGUAUCUCUAGGGUUGUCACAAUAGAUAAAAAUGUGUUUGGGGAAGAAGAAAGUCUCACGAUGAUGUUAUGCACCGAUUUUAUACGAAGAGAACAUGAGCUCUUCGUUUUCUUUGAAGAAAUCCAAGGAAGGAUGAAAGAAAUAUGUUUAGCCGAAGCUGAUAUAUUUCUGAAUAGUUCAGAACCUUAUAAGAAUUUUCCAUUCCUUAUGUCUCCCUGCUUUUGGGACUGCGUCUCAUCUUUACUAUCUAGCAACAGGAACUUGAAAAAUGUUUUUGAAAAUAUACGUAGUUCUCAGCUCAACCAUAUCUUGUUGUUGUGGGAGUUAUGUCCUCGCAUCAGGAAAGCCAUGACUCCGAUUGUAUAUAUAUUUGGUAACGAAAAAAGUCAACUAACAAGUAUCCGAACAUCUGGGAAAGAACCGCAACAGUUAUUAAUUACUUUCUUGAGAUUUUACUGCGGAUUAAUAGUUAAUGAUAUAGACCGGACCGAGUGGGAGUGGAAUGCUUUUGCACUCUCCGUUCUCUCGUCCAAAGGUCUGGGCUCUGUUCAUCUGUUAUACCCAAUUACAAAUAAGAUUGACGGAUUUACUCACUCCAACGUGGAAAACAAUUCCAUUCUUCAACUAUCUCAUCAGCUUGUCAGGCUAGCAAUGAAAAGCUGGAAAAAUUCACCCAUUCUUCCACUAGUCGAGUUUUGUGAUAUGUACAGUAUAUAUAUGAACGGAUUUUCAUACCUAAUUUGUCCAUUUUUGUGUCCCACCAACAGCAAAGUUGAGUUUGGUCAACAGAUUCUGAACUUCAUGUUAUCGAUUCCUCAGCCAGACUGCACGAACCAAGAAAACUUACGUGUUAUGAGGACGUUCUGUGAAUGCAUCGAUAGUUGUGGCUUAGCUACUGUGGAGUCUCUCAGUUUUAAGAGCGAUAGUUACAUCACUGUUGGAGAAUACUUCUGCCGGACCGGUUUUUAUGAUCACGCUUAUGCAAUAGCUAAUAUAGCUUUCGAUAAGGAGUUAGGCAAAGAGAGAGCUUUAGUGGCUUUAGAAGGGGUCCCAGAACUACCGAAACUUCAUGCUUUACUAUUGGAAAUUUACGUAGCCACAGACCAAGUAGCCGCUCUGGAUUCUCUUCCUGUAUGGGCGCAGAAUGAUCCUCGUGCCCAACAAAUGCGGAUAAAGGAUUCAUGCAGGUGGCCAAGAGUAGCUUCUGAUCCCUAUUCUUCACUUGAUGACAUAGUAUUUGCUCAAUGGUUCUGUGGAAUGGAAUCAUCUGUUAAAGACGAAGAAUCGCAGUAUUUGCAGUUUUUGCUGCGUAAUGAGUUUGAAAAAAGUAGUUUUCCAAAAUCUUUCAAUAGCCAUUGGAAGAGAAUCUAUGGCCUAGUGUUCCUUCGUUGGCUAGGAUACGAUUCGGUUGAAGCUGUUGUGAAGCCGAUUGCUGAUCACCUUUCGACACAGACUGUCAUAGAUAUCAGAACAAGUAAACUGUUAAGAGAUAUCUAUGUUCUACGUCUUCCCUUUGAAAGUGUGAUGUUAGACGAAUGGACAAUCGAACAGAAAUGCUUGUCUGUUGUACAUGGUUUCAACUGUUUGACUUCUUCCCCUGAUGAAAACAAGGUUGCUUUCGCUCGCUCAGUGCUGGAAGUUGUACUAGCUCUAGUUAAAAAGCUGACGAAUAUAGAAGCCCAUAGUGCUGCCUUAAACUGCCUGAGUAACUGGUUGAAGUUAUUUUCAAAUGAUGUGAGACAAAACCAAAUCCUAGUAGAGCAAUGUAAAGUACAGGUGGCAAUGGGUGACUAUUAUUUAGCUCAGUUUAAACUUAAAGAAAUCGCGAAGGAUACUCUGGCUACAACUGUUGCAGUUGAGGUGAUGUGCGUACUAUCUUCCAUUUAUGCAGACGAUUUGAAGAACUUGGAUGGUGGUAUUCGAACAAUGAGAGAUUUGAUUGAUUCUAUACCGCAGGGGUCUAAGCAGACAACCUAUUCUACGGCGUAUCAACAGCUUUAUAACUUGUUAGUACGAAAACUCUCUGAUCUCGAAGGAUUCAUGGAUUCAUCUACUGCUAAACUCAAAAAAGAAGCAGUGGCGGAAUGGAAACGGCAAUUGAAUCCGUCUAGCACUACUCUGAAUGAUAAGCAGAAACGAAUUGUGGGACAAGAGUUGAAGUGCGAAGAAGAGGAGAUACUACGAAUGGAUAAGGAUUUGAGACAAACUGUCAAUCUGACUGUAAACUCAGGGCUGAAACUUUUAAAAUCAGUUUCCCCGGCAGAUAAUACCAGCCCAUGCACGAACACUAAAGAAGUUAUUCAAAUUCUUUUCCCGCUUUUGGAUAUAAUUUUUCGCUAUGAGAACAUACCUGAAGUUUCAGAUGCGUUGCGAAUGUAUGCUGUCGACUUCUCGCCUUCGGUUUGGCUUCCUGCUUUUCCUCAUAUUGUUUCCCACUGUUUCAAAGAUGAUUCUCUCUCGGUUGUCAUACAGGAUAUGAUAGUUAAAUUAAUAGUCGCUUACCCCUACCAUGUUCUUCAUACAUUCCUAGCCUACAAAUAUGAUGCGGAGAGGAAUUCGCCGAAUUCGGAUAAGGUCAAGAAGCUCCUAAUGUUUUCAAUGAAAAGGGCGAAGGAUUCAUCAGCUUUGAAGAAAGUACUCCAGGAUGUCAGCAACGCUCACACUGUUUAUCGAAGUUUCAACUGGUUGAAAAUUGAAGACACCGAUCACUUCAGACCGGUUACAGUAUCUGGAGGAAAAACACAGUACGCCCUCACAUCUCAAGUUUCUCUACUGGAGAAUUUGAAAAGUUUGCUUGUGAAUCUUCCUCUACCAACUGUGGCACAACCGGUUGGUCGAGCAGAAGACUAUUCCACAGAUAGUUUCGUCAAAUGGGUAGAGAUAGAUUCUGUUGUCGACAAAGCUGAUGGUUUGUCUGCACCCAAAAUUCUAAGAGUAAGAGGAUCUGAUAAUGUUUGGUAUAAAAUGGUUUGGAAGAAAGGUGAAGACGUACGACAAGACUCUCUCGUAGAACAUUUGUUCGAAGUUAUCAAUGUUCUGAUAGAUUCCAACCAGCCUUUAAGAACUUAUAAGGUUAUUCCGUUAGAUAGUCAAAGCGGUAUUAUAGAGUUUUGUAAAGGAACAAAGUCAAUAAAAGAUAUACUAGUUGGUCCAAACCUUCGAUCUGGACUUCAUUCAAAAAUAUAUCCAGAAGAAGAUCCUUCUACAGCAAGAAUGAGGUUGGCACAAGCAUCCAAGAAUAGAGCGUGGCCGCCAAGUGUAGAUGAAUACAAAAGUAUCUUACGAAAUGUUACACCCGUUUUUAGACAUCACUUUUAUGAUAAUUUUUCUUCUGUCAAAGAAUGGAGUAAGAUGAUCAAUAAUUACACUCAGAGUGUUGCGGAAUGGAGCAUAGUUUGCUACGUGAUUGGAUUGGGUGAUCGCCACGCUAGUAAUGUUUUGUUUGAAGAAGAAACUUCCAAUUUAGUCCAUAUUGAUUUAGGUAUGAUCCUGGAGUUCGGAAAACGGAUACUACAAAUGCCAGAAAGGGUGCCCUUCAGAUUGACUAGAGAUCUGCUGGACCCAAUACUGAUUCAGGGAACGCAUGGGAAUCUGUUGAACCGGGCGACUUAUACCAUGGAAAAAAUCCGUAAACACAAAGAGGUGAUUUUGGGCGUCGCCUCUGUUUUUUUACGAGAAACGAUGGGUCAUUUCCGAGAUUCUUCAGAUGGCAACAAACCAUCUUUUAUGUCAGCCACUGCCAUCAAACGUUUGAAAGAUAAGUUAGAGGGAACAGAUCGUUCCGUUUCUUCUGUCACUUCCCAUAUACAAGUUCAACGUCUAAUGGCAGAAGCUACAAACAUUGAAAAUCUUUCAAAACUAUUUGCGGGUUGGCUCUCUUUCAUUUGA